CACGCCUACGCUCUACGUUAUGGCGGCGCCUCAGAGAAAUAAAAUACACAGUCUGUUGUGAAGAAAGAACUAUGGUUUGUAAUAAAGUCAGUAUUCGUGGUAUUUUUGAAAAUUGAUGCGGUUCAUCGCACGCGCUCAAAACGUGAUAGACUAUAAGAAAACUUCGAAAUAAUUUCAACAUUAAACUGUGCAAGUUAAUUAAUUUACUGCAGUGAAUAUAAGUUUCCUAUAGUGUGUCAUUGACUCGAGACGAAGUGUCAAAAUCGACUUGCUUUCGUGCUAUAUAAAAAUUUCAUCAAGACAAUUACGAAAAAUUUCAUUUAUUAAACGUCACUCAAUCGUUUAAAAUAAAGCUUGUUUGAAUAGCGUAUUUAUUAUGCAAUUACCAAAUUUAGUGCUAGUGUGAUUUCCACGGAAAUGAAAAGAUAUAUAAAUUAAUCAUUAAUAUCAAAAUCUUAAGUUUUUAAGUACAUAUUCAAGUUAAAUGUUAAACAUCAUGGCACAAAAAGUCUUUUGUAUGUAAUUAACUAUUAAUUUGUGCUUAAACAUGAUACCAAUGGAAAAUAAUUAUCAAACACUCGUUAAGAUGUGUUUGUUUAAUGUUGUUUAUCACUGAUCACAUCUUUGCUGAGGUCAGAGAGUGAUGCCGGUUCAUCAGAUCAAUGUUAAUCCGCCUGAUCGGCAACCACCUCUGUCGCUUGGUCCUUCCAAUAACAAUAGCCCUGCUGGUGGUGAAGGCUUACCAGAAUGGACACCAAGGGAAUCAACAUAUGCAACAGUAGUUACAAUCAUACCAGAUCAUUGUCAUUCAUCUGUAAGCACAUUGUCUUCAAACAAUCAUGAUAUUUGCAGAAUAUGUCAUUGUGAAGGUGAAGAAGGUGCUCCUCUUUUAGCACCUUGUUAUUGCAGUGGCAGUUUACGUUAUGUACAUCAAGCUUGCCUUCAACAAUGGAUAAAAGCUUCUGACACACGUGCUUGUGAAUUAUGUAAAUUCACAUUUAUUAUGCAUGCUAAAACAAAACCAUUUUGUGAGUGGGAAAAACUUGAAAUGUCUGCCCCAGAAGUUCGUAAAAUAUGGUGCGCGGUUGCUUUUCAUGCAAUAGCUGCACUUUGUGUGGCUUGGUCCUUAUACGUACUCGUCGAACGUUCCGUUGAAGAAGCUCGACGUGGAUAUGUAGACUGGUCUUUCUGGACUAAAUUAAUAGUUGUUGUAAUUGGUUCUACAGGCGGUAUAGUUUUUAUGUACAUUCAGUGCAAAGUAUACAUUGCAUUAUGCAGAAAAUGGCGAGCAUUUAACAGAGUAAUAUUUAUUCAAAAUGCUCCUGAGAAAGUGGUGCUUCCUCCCUCACCUACAGACUCUUUGAGAGAAGUAACAUUGCCUCUAAAAGAUCCAACUGCCUCUAUGCCUGAGCUCAAUCAUACCUUAUUACCCCGUAAUAUAGAUCCUCCAUGUGCCUCGCAGAUGGUGAAACCGGAUCCUGCCGCGCCUCCACAAAGGCACGACGCUCAAUUGAAACUGUAUGUAUUUGAUAAAUUGUCCUCGUCCGAAGACAACUUGUAAUACAAUUGGGGGUAAUACAAAUGGCUGCUAAUUGUGCACUAAUGAUUAGCAAAAAAAAAAGUGUAAUGCGAACAUAAGCAUAUGUCUAGAAUAAAAUGGUAAUUCUAGACCGCAGUACGAUUUUGAAAAUCGAAGUUUCUAUUUCGAAACUGUCAAAUGUCCGCCCUUAUGGAGCACCUUUAUCUGAAAUCUAGUACUUCAGUGCUUACAUUGACAAUGGGAUAGCUGAAAGUGUUUAACCAGCGGUUUAAACAUUUUCUCCAACUGUACAUAAUUAUUGUAUCUGUGAUGUUAUUAAAUAAAAUUUACCAUAUUUAAACAGUA